CCACAAACCGAAUUUGCUUUCAUUUAGGCUAUAUAUUUUUCUUAAAUAGGUUAAAGUCAUAGAGAUUUUUUUCAUUUUUUAUUUUUUUUCGUGUGUGGGAAUAGCAUUUCGCCCUGGAGCGGUGCGCAAUGCUUUCUCAUGCCGACCUCCUGGAUGCUCGCCUCGGUGAGUUAUCGUCACCAAACUCCGGUCUCCAACUCUACUGGAUGAAGGAUGCUGCAGCGGAGCUCCUGGGCCACAGGGAGGCUCUGAAAUGCAGGCUCGGCGGCGGCGGACCUGACCCGGGACACUCCGGGGAGCUCGGCCCCGGUCCGGACGGCGUGGAGGGAGCUACGAUGCUCCCCGGUGACGACAUCAGCAGCGGCGCCGGAUCCAACCCGGUGCAGGUGAACAGCAAGGAGCAGGAGAAGCAGCAGCAACAGCAACAGAACAACAGCAGCGGAAGCAACCCAAACCAGUCCGGAGGGCAGCAAAGCCAGAAGCAGAAGCGGCACCGGACCCGCUUCACCCCGGCGCAGCUCAACGAGCUGGAGCGCAGCUUCGCCAAAACGCACUACCCAGAUAUCUUCAUGCGGGAGGAGCUGGCUCUGAGGAUCGGCCUGACGGAGUCCAGAGUGCAGGUCUGGUUCCAGAACCGACGCGCUAAGUGGAAGAAGCGCAAGAAGACCACCAACGUGUUCAGAGCACCGGGAACGCUCCUGCCCACGCACCACGGCCUUCCCCAGUUUCCGUCCGCGGCGGCCGCAGCGGCGGCCAUGGGCGACAGCCUCUGCUCCUUCCACGCCAACGACACCCGUUGGGCCACGGCGGGGAUGCCUGGCGUGUCUCAGCUGCAGCUACCGCCCGCUCUGGGCCGCCAACAGGCCAUGGCGCAGUCCCUGUCCCAGUGCAGCCUCGGCGCGGGGCCGCCGCCCAACUCCAUGGGUCUGUCCAAUAUGUCGUCCAACGGCUCCGGGCUGCAGUCGCACCUCUACCAGCCCACUUUCCCCGGAAUGGUGCCCGCGUCUCUCUCCGGCCCGACCAACGUGACCGGCUCGCCUCAGCUGUGUAGCUCCCCGGACAAUGACGUCUGGAGAGGGACGAGCAUCGCGUCGCUGCGCCGCAAAGCGCUGGAGCACACAGUGUCCAUGAGCUUCACUUAGUGCCGGGGCUGCUGGGAGAAGAGAUUUUCUUUCUGCAUUUAGUUCUCUUGCAUUCAGCCGGAAAAAAACAAAACCAGGAUACUUCUUCAUCCGCAGGCACCUGGCUCCUUAUUUUUCCUCCACAAAUACGAGGAGAAGAGACGCUCUCCAUCAUGCCUGCCGGCCUUUUAUCAACCACGGGGCUGGUUCCGUUUAAAGCUAUAAUUUAUUAUUUCGCAUGUGGCCUCUGUCUAUUUAUUUGUCUAUUUAAAUUAACUUAUUGGUUUGUUGGGUAUUUAUUUGGGCACGGGCUCUCGGUGACAUUCGCUCGCUCUGUGACUGAUUGUUUCUGGGGAAACCUCCUGGAGAUGCUUCAGAACACAACAAGGUUGCAGAUUUCACUUUUCCUCCUGCUGCCAAAGGGCCAAAGGGGUUGCACACUGAAAGUGCCAAAGCAAAAGCAAUUGCUCGGAGGUUUCAAAGACUGAGAACUAAAAGUCAUCUACUACCAGGAGAGAGAAAUGAUCUGAUCUAUCAGGAUUUAGGACAACCUGGAGAAUACCUUGACUGCAUGUGCUGUCAAAAGCAAAAUAUAAUAAUGACAAUAAUAAUAAUAAUAACGAUAAAUUAAAAAUACAAUAAAGGAGGGGGAUACUUUAAAGUAAGACGUGGAAGCUGACUUAACUAUAACCUGUUCUAUAGGAUGUUUUUUGUGUAGCGGAAGCACUCUUGUUCCCAUUUGGUCAGUUUGUGAUAACCUAUGUUUCCAGAACUCUGUCUGUGCUUAUGAUCAAAUAUGCCUUUCUUUAAUGUUGGAACCUUUUUGUUUCAUGGACAUGUUUAUAUCAAUUCAGUGUAAAUGAGCCAAUAAAAACCAUUUUCAAUAACGUCA